AUGCUCAACCCGGAUUCAAGUACCAUAUGGUAUUUAAUACAAACUCUUCCUGAAGAGCUUCGUGUAUUCCUUGAACCUGGAUAUGAAGACAUGUACAACAAGAUUUUGAAGUUACAGUUCUAUCGUAUUUUGCUUCACUUCGACCCCGCUACAAAAUCUUGCAUGUCUCAUCUCAAAGCCAACCUCCAUGCCGCUUUAAGAAAAGACAUACUCCCACGCAUUCUACCUUUCUUAUUACCUCAAGCCCCUAUCCCAAUGGACACCAAUGACAGCAAAGCCACUCUUGAUGCCAAUCCACUGGGACGUAAAACCACCCGCAAGUUGCUUUCCAAGGUGAUCAAACACAAAGCCCCAAACGUGCCUAUACCAGGGGCCGCUAGGCGUGAUGGCUUACUUCUCCUCUAUCAAGCACACAUCAAUCCAGGGCUAGUUAUUCCUGGUCAAGUGGAAACCCUCUGA